CCAAACCCGUGGGAGGACGAACGCGUGCGCAUGCCGGGGGAAUAGCGGCCGCACGCGCAAUUUAACUUCACCGACCGGAGCCGGAUUGAGUCGAGACGGCGAGGAGGACUGGGUUCACCGGAACGGGGAAAUAAAGGUGUUUAAACCGGGGGAAGCCGCACCGGAGCGGAGCCUGAUCCGGAUCCUGCCGACCCGGUGAGGCGGGUUUGGGCUCAUAUUUCACCGGUGCGUCCGUCCGUCCGUGCGCGGCUUCGUCAGGAGCAGGCGGUCUGAGAUCCAACCGGGUGGACUUUGGACCAGCGCGGAUCUACAUUUACCCGUGUCUUUUUUCAGAGAACAGCUGUGGGGUUUUUUUAUUUUUAAUUUUUAAAUUUUUUUUUUAUCUUUUUUUUUUUUUUUUUUGAAGUUGUUCCUCAAGUCUUCGACCAUGGGGGAGCAGCCGAUCUACACCACCAGGGCCCACGUGUUCCAAAUCGACCCCAACACCAAGAAGAACUGGGUUCCUGCCAGUAAACAGGCCGUCACCGUCUCCUACUUCUAUGACAGCUCCAGGAACAGCUACCGGAUCAUCAGCGUGGACGGAUCCAAGCAGGUCAUCAUCAACAGCACCAUCACACCCAACAUGACCUUCACCAAGACGUCGCAGAAGUUCGGCCAAUGGGCGGACAGCAGAGCCAACACCGUGUUCGGGCUGGGAUUCGCUUCAGAGCAGCAGUUGUCCAAGUUUGCUGAGAAGUUCCAGGAGGUCAAAGAAGCUGCCAAGCUGGCGAGGGACAAAUCACAAGAGACGGUGGAGACCCUGAGUAACCACUCCCAGGAAUCUGGACGGGAGACGCCUUCCACCAACCAGGCGUCCAGUAUUAACGGCACCGACGACGAGAAGAUCUCCAGUGUGGGUCCAGAGGCCGCACUGCUGAAGAGCGAGAACGAACGGCUGAAGAGCGCCAUAGAACUGAGCAACACCAACACCAAGAAGUGGGAAACGGAGCUGCAGACUCUGCGGGAGAAUAACGCCCGUCUGGUGGACGCGCUGCAGGAGUCCUCAGCCAAUGUGGAAACCUGGAAGAAACAGCUGAGCGUUUGCAAAGAGGAGAGCGACACACUCAGGGAAAAGAUCAAAGACCUUGAAGCUCAGUGUAACGAAGCCGACCAGGAGAAGCAGAAGAACCUCCAACUGACGGCGCGAGUUCAAGAGCUGGAGGCGGAGCUUCAGGACAAAGAGCAGGAACUGGAGAACCUGAGGAAACAGGCCGAGAUCAUCCCACAGCUGAUGGCUGAGUGUGAGAGCAUCACCAACAAGCUCCAGGCUGCAGAAACCAAGAACCAGGAGCUGGAGGGGCGGGUGGAGGGUCUGCAGGGGGACAUCGACGACAGCCGACAGAAGCAGGGCAACAUGAAGGUGGAGCUGAAGAAGUUCAUGGAUGUUCUGGACGGGAAGAUCGAUGAGCUGCACGAGUUCAGACAGGGGCUGUCCAAGUUAGGGCUGGACAACUGAGGACUGGCAAAGGUCAAGGGGGGAGGAGUCAGGAAAAACAAACACCUGCUACCUGCCCCCCCCCCCCCCCCCUCCCCCCAACGGUGGAAACUGUAAGAAACACCAUCAUGUAAGACAGAAAAGGUUUUAGAGGGAGAGGCCAGGGGGUUUUGGGGGGGUCAGGGUGAAUGGCUCCUUUUCCUACUGUGAGUGUGAAACCACAUCCACAGUCACUUUGAACUUCCUUUUCCUUAUGGGGGGGUGGGGGGGCUUUAUAAAUCUGGUGGUGGGUGCUUGUGUGUGUUUUUGUGAUGCUGCAGCGUUUGUAUAAUCAGAGGGGGCAGGACGUCAAAGGGCUACAGUCAACCUGACGCUCCGCCCAUCAUGGGUUUAGGUGUGUGUCCCCCCCAGACUCAGAGUCAGUGGGUCCACUUCCUGGGGGGGGGGGGGGGGGGGGGGGGGGUCGGUCUAUCUCAGUGUGUCCAUGUCCUGGGGGAGGUCGGUCUAUCUCAGUGUGUCCGCUUCCUGGGGGGGGGGUCAGUCUGUCUCAGUGUGUCCGCUUCCUGGGCUCGGUCUAUCUCAGUGUGUCCAUUUCCUGGGCUCGGUCUAUCUCAGGUGUUCUGGAGGAUUCUGUCCUGAUUAUAUGCACAUACUAAAGGCCAUGACACAAAGUGCCUCCAGGUGAGAAGAAGUCAACCUGGUGAGGAAACAUGACGGCCAGCACCAUGUCCUCAGUGGGGUGGGGGUGGGACACAUGUCCUCAGUGUGGGGGGGGGGGGGUUCUAUCCAAAUGUGUCCCAUUUAACCCAGAACAUCUGACAGAACAUAGAUUGGACCAGGUUUCCCAGGUUCUGUCUGGUCCACACAUGAACACGUACCUUUACCUGGUUCUUCUUCAGUGUUUUUAAUCUGUAACAGUCGGUAGAACCAUCUGGAUGGAACCCUGCUGCUGAUGAAUGGCCUGUGUGGAUGGAGGGGAACAUCCUGGGUGGUUCUGUUCUCCUUUGGGUUCUACAGCGUUGGGUUAACCCCCCCGCCCUCAGGAGGCUUCUGUCUGAACCUUCAUCCAAACAUCCCAUGGUCUCCUCAAUGUCCUCCUGCCCGUGAUGCACUGGACUCACCGGGUCUGGACUGGACCCAGUGGGUCUGAACCGGACCGGACCAGUGGGUCUGCAUUAGUGCUGGUCCUGCAGCUGGGCUUCCUUCCUCUGGUGGGUCAGUGGUGGUGGGUCUUGUGGGACUGAGGACCUAAAGGUUUAUUUCAUAUGUUUGGACAGAACAGGUCUUUCACCUCCUCCUUAAGGUUCCGGUUUUUGGUUUUUUUCUUCACAUAUUUAUUUUGGUGCCUAACAGCAGCGUUUGUGGACAGUCUGGAGGAAAUCUACUCAACCUGAUUAGAGAAGAAAUACCACUGUCCAAGAAAUACUUCUAGAAUAAAUACCCUUCUAUAAUAAAUCCUAAUAUAGUAAAUCCUUCUCUAAUAAAUACUUCUAUAAUAAAUCCUCUUCUAUAAACUGAACUGUCCUGUUGGAUGAUCAGUCCCAGGUUGGAAUCCCUCUGUGCUCGUCUGUUUGGGGUCAAAGGCAGAUGUUUGUUGGUUUGUUUGUUUGUUUGUUUAUUUCUUUAUUUCCUGGUCAAACUCUCCUAUAAUCAGUCUGUAUUUUCCACCUGUUUGGAUCUGCUCAGUAGACGAUGAUCCUUCAUAUUCAGGACGUUGGUUGGUUUGUUUGUGUUCAGUCCUAAUGUCCAGAACUGACCUGAACCUGGUCACCUGAACCUGGUCACAUGAUCCUUCCUUUUGAACCCAUGCCUCUUGUGCACUUUUGUGACUCUUCAAUAUUGUACCAUAGAACUGAAAUACUUAAAGUCUAGUUUAAGUA